AUUAAACAGGCUGACACAAACUUUGGUAAUGGGCUCUGGCAGAAGCACCCGUGGCACCCGUGUCACAGAAUUGGUGAUGGGACCCCCCGAAUCGUACCCAGCGUUGCUUUCGGCCCCGGCAGCUGCAACACAAGCCCCGCGCUUGCAGGCGCUCUCCAGCCAACGUGCCACAGUACUUCUGCUGCUCAGCUUCACAACCACGCACCAAGCAGCAUCAUACCGUACCGUAUGCAACACAAGCCCCGCGCUUGCAAGCGCUAUCCUGCCAAUGUCCCACAGCUUAAGCUGCAGCUUAGGGCCUUUGUGGGCUACACCGUGGGGCUACACUGAGCAUUGUGCGUAUACUACAGGAAUAGCGUCACUAGCCAAUGCAGCCUGUCUGCGUGUUUUCGCCCGACUUGCUUGGAUUCAGGGUGCACAGGAAUUGGUGACAGGCUCUGGCAAAUCCUAGUCGACAUUGUUCCCUGCUACCAAGUUGCAGCCCAACAAGAAGCGCGGCGCGCCCUCUGCGGCUGCCUCCCGGUCUAAGAAGCGGCGCAGUAGCUAAGGAUCCGGUCGAAGAUUCAGAAGGGUGCAAGAAUGUGCAAUCGUGAACGCGAUCAACUCUGCACAGAUUUCCUGCUGUCUGGCUGUCCUGUGCCUACUGUGCUUGUGCUUGAUAGCUGGACGUGGCUGGACGCAUGGCGGGCGGUGCCUGUGGAAACCGACCCCAGCUAUGUCUGGGAGAUGAGGCUACGCACGGCCACGGCGCCACCGGCGCCGUCCGUAACGUUCACUGUCGCCCCACUAAAUUUUAUCCUUCACGACCUCAAAGAAGGAGGAGCCACGGAGUACAAAGGCGUAGCCCAGUAUGCGUGGCUCGAGGCCAUCGAGGAGCUGGCGGGGAGCAGCGGCCUGGCCAGUCAGCUCCGCGUGACGCCCGCGGAUCGCAAUGACAGCGCCGACCGCUGGCUGUGCUGGCGCCACAAGGACCUGCCCGACGACCCGCAACUGCAGGGCAAGGACCCGCACCGCAUCCUGCACUGCCUGAUUAACACGGGCCCGGAGCCGGUGGAGGUCACAUACUGGCCCAACCGCACGCUGGCUGGGGAGGCGGACAUGCUGCAUGGCGCCACCAUCGUCCUGGCGCCGGGCCAGCCCUGGCUGACCACCGUGGCGUGGCAGCUGGACCACGACCACCAGGCACGGCACGUGCAGCGCUGAGAGGGAGGGGGUUGGGGGGUGUGUACGGCGCCGACCCCAAGGAGGCCGGGAGCGCGGGCAGGGCAGGGCAGGGCAGGGCAAACUGGGGCCGGUGCAGGGUAGCUGCGCGGCGUGCGUGGCGGAGGCGAAGGGAGGAGGAGUGCAGCAGGCGGCCACGCGCUGGAAGGCCGGCGGUACCGGCAGCGUGCCGGUGUGCAGGAUGCACUACAACCGGUGGCACCACUGGGCUGGACGGGCGGACGGCCGUGGCCAACCGGACGGAGCCAAGCUGGCGGCCCUGGACAAGGCCAAGGCGGUGAUGCGGAAGUGGGCCGAGGAGGCGGAGGAGGUCAUCGAUCUGUGCUGCGACACCGACUAAGCGGACGGCUGCGUUAGGGGGUUGAGCAAGCCCAGGGGGGCUUGGCGGAUGCGGUUUGGCAGGGGUCCAGCUCAUCUUUGGGGCAAUGGAAUGCGGAGUGCGUUACCGUAGAGGUAGUCCAGGCAGCGCUUCGCCUUGCCGUGGCGUGCAUAUGUACUUCGUAGCGUGCGUGUGCUGGUUUUGAUGUUCAGGUCGGGAAUGGCGUUGGCCACGAAUUCGGUGUAGAGGGUCGGGUUGCUGUUGCAGCCCUGGUGCACUGCGGUUGCUAUGCGGGUCGGCUUGCCCCUUGGAAGGAGGCGGAGCCUUUGCGGUCGCAUCGAAUCCCAGGGCGGGGCGUCCUCGGUUGUUACAGAAAUUGGCAAAACGUCACCGUAGCUCCCCGAAGCGAAGCGAAGGGUAGAGCGGAGGACUACCACACUCUACACUUGGUUUGCCUAGGGCCUUCAGGUCAGUUGUGCUGAUCAGUUGUGUCCCCUUGGUCACCAAUGCUUGCAGGUCGUGCCCAAGCUCCAGGAGUGGAAGACGGCUAUAUAGUUUUGACGCAGCUCGCUACCGCUGAAACACGCAGGGUGUCUUGGUGGGGUAACAGUGACGAAGUUAUGGUUGGGGUAACAGUGACGAAGUUAUGGUUGGGUAGAGAGCGAGGGGUUGCCCUUGUUUGCUUCUAGGGGCCUGGCUUGCCUGUGAUUUUGAGGAGUGAUCAACUUGCCCUGUUCCUUGUGCGGUGGCUGACUGCGUUCUCGCCCGGCUUGGGAUGGAGGUGUCAGCUGAGCGGUGGGUUGACAGGCGGUGGCUCCUGAGUGUUGAUCAGGGCGUUUGCUCUCUUGCUGUGUAUGCGUGUUGUUAAAUGCGUGGGGUGUAUGAGGGAGCUGCUUUCCUUCUUGGUUACGUCUGACCAGUGGAGGCAGGCGGCCUGUGAUCGCAGCGGUCAAGCGUUGUAUGUGUUUCGGCCGCCGUAGGCUUGGUGUUGUGUGCGCCGGUUAGGUGUCGGCGCCCUCGCCAGUCCAACGAGGCUGGUAGGCUGCAGCGGCCGUGUUUUGGGCCCGAGGCAGGUGUCUCCCCACAGCUGUAACAAACAAACAGA